GCGCAGGCUGCGAGGCGUCGCGAGCGAGCGCGGGAAGGAGACGCAGAAAAGGAGAUCGAUAGACGGAGCUCCGCUAAACAGGUGGUCGGAAAGAGAGAGAGCGAGAAAGAGAGAGAGAGAGACACACACACACACACACACCAAACGAUCAUGUCGUCCGGCGGGGGGAGAGGCGGAAAGACUGCGCUUUAGCGGAACAACCACCGAAGGACCCUAACCGAACCGAGAACCCCCAGCGCCUGAUGCCGCUUGUGGACUUCUUCCGACUCUUCUCGCCGGGCUUGGGAGCAUCGAGCGGGCGCGGAAGGACACCAUGAAAGUGACUGUGUGCUUCGGACGGACGCGCGUGGUCGUGCCGUGCGGGGACGGAAACAUUCACGUGCACGCGCUCGUCCAACAAGCCGUCAUGAGGUACAAAAAGGCCAUCGCCAAGGACGCCAGUUACUGGCUGCAGGUGCACCGCCUGGAGCACGGUGAUGGCGGCAUCUUGGACCUGGAUGACUUGCUGUGCGACGUGGCGGACGACAAAGACCGGUUGAUCGCCAUCUACGACGAGCAGGAGCCCCACCAUGGCGGCGACGGCACAAGCGCCAGUUCCACGGGCACCCAGAGCCCAGACCUCUUCACCACCGUGGACCUCAGCACAGGUGGUGGUGCCUCCGCCUUCCAGCCCUACCAAGCGGCCAGCGAAAUCGAAGUCACGCCGUCGGCCCUGCGCACCAACAUGCCCCUGCACGUCCGCCGCAGCAGCGACCCCGCUUUGCUGUGUCUCAACGGGCCAUUCACCGGUGGUGGCGUUGAAUCGCGGGCCCAAGCAGAAGAACCGCCUUCGCGAAAGAACCCGACCCGAUGGUCCACCACGGCCGGGUUCCUAAAAGCGCGGCAUGCCUCAGGCACCAAUAGCCUGGAGAGAAAGCGUAAAGGCUUGGACACAUACCGCAGCCUGCCCAGGGAUGCUGGAACAUGGGCCAAUCAGAGAGAGUUUCAGAGGGAGACGGCGCGUUCGUCCCUGAGUGCCAAUCACCCGAUGGUGGACCGAUGGCUGGAGAGGCAGGAACAGGAGGACGGGGCGGGAGAGCAAGAAAAUGGCCGCAUCGAGCCAGUGGGCAGAGCUGAAUCGUGCUUGGACCACACCGUCUCCACCGCUAUGUCUCUCGAAGACAUAAUCAAAGUAGUGGAGGUGACAAAUGACGGCGGGCCCCUGGGAAUCCACGUGGUGCCUUUCAGUGGCAGAGACCGCAGAACUCUUGGCUUGUUGGUCAAGCGUCUGGAGCGUGGUGGCAAGGCCCAGCAGCAGUCCCUCUUCCAGGAGAAUGACUGUAUCGUCAGAAUCAAUAACGGAGACCUGCGGAACAUUCGCUUUGAACAAGCCCAGAACAUGUUCCGCCAGGCCAUGCGUUCUCCUGUCAUCAUGUUCCACGUGGUGCCGUCUUCGUUGAAAGCCCACUACGAGCAUCUCUCCCAGGCCGAAAGGAACCCAGCAUACUCGUCAGGCCGCCUCAGCGCCGACUCGGCAUCCGAUGGCACGGAUCCCGCGCCUCACAGGAUGUCCCGGCACGGCUCGCAGAAGCACCCGCAUGCUCACCCGCAUCAGGAUCAGCCAGACGGCUACCCGCCCGCUGUUCACGCGCCCACUGUCUCCGCCGCCAAACCUCCCACUGGUCAGAUCCACUCGCCGCAAAGAGGGCUGCCAUCCACUCUGACACCUGGAUACAACAAGAAGGUCGGGAGGAGGCUCAACAUUCUGCUCAAGAAAGGGCCGGAAGGAUUGGGCUUCAGCAUCACGUCGCGCGACGUCCCCAUCGGGGGCUCGGCGCCCAUCUACGUCAAGAACAUCCUACCGAGGGGAGCUGCCAUUCAAGAUGGACGCCUCAAGGCUGGCGACAGAUUACUGGAAGUGAAUGGCAUCGACUUAAACGGUCGCAGCCAGGAGGAGGUGGUGUCCAUCCUCAGGGCCACGCCCAUGGGGGGCACAGUGGGGCUGCUAGUCCUCCGCCAGGAAGACACCUUCCUCCCUCAAGAAGCGCAGAGCGGUGAGGUCCAGAUGCAGAUGCAAAGCCCCAGAGAUUUGAAGCCGGAGGAAGACGAGCUGGUGCUGACGCCGGAUGGCAGUCGUGAGUUUCUGACCUUCGAGAUUCCGCUCAGCGACUCGGGCUCCGCUGGCUUAGGUGUCAGUGUCAAGGGGAACCGGUCCAAGGAGAACCAUGCUGACCUCGGUAUCUUCGUCAAGUCCAUCAUCAACGGAGGGGCUGCGUGCAAGGAUGGGCGCCUGCGCGUGAACGACCAGCUGAUUGCUGUCAACAGCGAGUCGUUGUUGGGCAAAACAAACCAGGACGCCAUGGAGACGCUGCGCACGUCCAUGUCUACUGAGGGGAACAAACGCGGCAUGAUCCAGCUCAUCGUGGCCAGACGUGUCGGCAAGAGGAGCCAGGAGGCACCAGGGGGUCCACUGGGACCUCAGCAAAGUGCCAACACUUUGUCUCCGGACGAGCACGAACGUCGUAUCUCCCACUCCCUGUACGGCGCUCUGGAGGAUCUGGAUGACAACUUGAUGCCCCGACUAGGAAUGAUGCCACGCACAGUUGGCAACUACCAGCUUUCGCCGACUGUCAACAUGCCGCAGGACGACAUGGUCAUCAUCGAGGAUGACGGGCCGCCGCUCCUCCCUCCUCACCUGUCUGACCAAUCGUCGUCCAGCUCCCACGACGACGUCGGUGGAAGUGGAGGUGGAGGCGGCAACGUCUUCAGCACUGACGUGACGCCGUCCUGGGCACGAGAGAUCCCUGCUCCCAAGGACAGGUGGGAAAGAAAGAUCUCGCAGACUCUGGACGAGAGCCAGGCCGCCGACGCCGCCUUCCGGCGGGAAGGUUUCGGCCGCCAGAGCAUGUCAGAGAAGCGCACCAAACAGUUUGGAGAUGCCUCCCAGCUGGAGAUCAUCAAGACGCGCAAAUCCAAGAGCAUGGAUCUAGUAGCUGACGAGAUUAACCUCAUCCGUCAUCCUGACAUCAGCACAGGUUCGUCCACGAGGGACGUGGGUCCGUCAUUGGGCCUGAAGAAGUCCAGCUCUCUGGAGAGUCUACAGACGGCCGUGGCCGAGGCGACGCUAAACGGGGACCUUCCUUUUCACCGUCCUCGUCCUCGCAUCAUCCGGGGCCGUGGCUGCAACGAGAGCUUCCGUGCCGCCAUUGACAAGUCUUACGAUCGGCCGGCUGCCGCGGAAGACUACGACGAGGGCAUGGAGACACUGGAGGAGGACACCGAGGAGAGUUCUCGCUCAGGUAGAGAUUCCGUGUCCACGGUGGCCGAGUUGACGCCACUGUCGCCGGGCGGAGAAAAGACGACGUCGACGACGUUGAUCAACGGCAGCUCGAGAGCCAAAGACGACAAGAAGAAGGACAAAGGCGGCAAAGACAAGAAGAAGGGGGAUGCGCAGAAAGACAAAGAAAAAGACAAGGAGAAGGGAAAAGUGAAGAAAGGAAUGCUCAAAGGACUCGGAGACAUGUUCAGGUUUGGGAAGCACCGCAAAGAUGACAGGAUGGAACGCAAAGGUUCCAGCAAAUGGCGGCCGGAGGAGACUCACGUUUCGGACGAGGAGACGCUGAAAAUGAGGAUGGAGCAGGAAAGGAUCCAGGCCAAGACGCGCGAACUUCGUGAGCGUCAGGCACGAGAACGAGACUACGCCGAGAUCCUGGACGUAAGCCGCUCACCGGAGAGGUCCUCCGAGGAGGAGCACCCGUACGUCGGCAUCAGCCUGCUCAACAACAGCGGGCACAACAGCCCCCACGGUGACCACCACCACGGCCCACACAGCCCCCGCAAUGACCACGACCAAUACCCCCGCUUACAUCACCACCACGCACACCAGCACUCUGACUCCCUCUACACACAAGUCAGCAAGACGCUACCAGAGAGACCCCCUUCUGCAGACAGCAACCGCGUGGCCCCGAGCAACCACGACCGGAUACAGAGGCUGAGGCAGGAGUUCCAGCAGGCACAGAACGUUCCGGACGACACCGACGACCGCCGAUGCACGUUCAGCUUCGAGCAGCCCUGGUCCAACGGUCCCAGCGUGGCGACAGCGGGGCAGCAGCUGGGUCGUCACUCUGUGUCAGUGGAGGUUCAGAUGCAGCGUCAGAGGCAGGAAGAUGCCUUCACUCAAGCUCAGCGGCAGUACAGCUCGUUGCCACGCCAACCCCGGAAGAAUCCCAGCUCCAUCUCUCCGGACUCUUGGGAAAAGUCGUACCCGGCCGGCGAGGUCUUCCAGACAGCCAAAGACAAUCCUCGUUACUCCAGCUACCACCAGGGCUCCCGCAACGGCUUCCCCAGCGUGGCCAACGUCAACGCCAGGGUCCUUCUGGAGGCCCAGGAGCUUCUCAGGCAGGAGCAGAGGCGGCGAGAGCUGGAAGCAAAGGGCCGGGCCUCCCCCAGGGACGCUGUGGCCUCCCCGAUGGCGUCCCCCAAGGGCCCGUACCGCCACGACGUGCCACCUUCGCCCUCUCAGCUCGCCAGACUCAACCGCAUUGGCUCGGAGAAAGGACGGCUCUUUUAUUCCUGAGGGGUAGCACCCAUGUUAGCCCAGCGGCUGAGACCUCCGUUUUUUGACACGCAUGUUGAUGGCAUCUAUUUUGUGAACUGAACUGUGCAGCCCAUUGUUUGAAACAUCCCUCCAGGGGUGGUUCGACAUGCACACCCCGUGCCUUGACUUCAUCUUUGUUCCUGGCGACAAUUGUCGGAUUUGUUGUUUUUGCACCUCAAUGCAAGGCUAACAUGCUCACCAUCUGAGAUAAUCACGUUCAAUCUUCUUCCAGUUCAUCCUACCAAAAUAAGAGUUCUCCCAAGAGAGAAAAAAACACGCACAGCGGAAUUUUUUUUUUAUUUCGCGCCUCAUUGGUAAGCUACCACACUAACCAACACAGCCUGCAUUUCUACAUUCAGUCAACUUCCCGUUUCACAGUGUUUAGUUUUGUUUUCUGCCUCUGUGCUAUGCUAACAUGCUAACCAACACAGCCUGCAUAUCAUUCCUGUUUUAUCAAAAGACUACUCCCUAGAGAAAAGUGUACAGUGGCGCUUUUGUCAAGUAUUUUUUUUUUUUUUUUUUUUUUGUCUUCAGUGAUAUGCUAACAUGCAAACAAAACCAAAAACCAAAACCAAAAUAUCUACAUUCAAUAUACUUCCUGUUCCUCCUCCUGAAAUACGGAUACUCCCCCAGAGAGGUGGGGGAAAAAAUAGAACAGUGUUUGUAGGGAUGUCCCAAUCAAACUUUUUUGUACUAGUCUUAAGUCACUCGGACUGACAACGACAACCCCGAGUCCCAAUCCAAUCCCUCGGCAAAGCAAAUCCAAAUUGUCUAUCAUUUUUUUAAUUCAUGCAUGCUCGGCGUCCUCAUCUUUUAUUGUGGCCAGCCUAUGGCACACCUGUGCAAUAAUCAUGCUGCCUAAACAGCAUCUUCAUAUGCCACACGUGAGGUGGGAUGGAGUAUCUCAACAAAGGAGAAAUGCUCACUAGCACAGAUUUAGACAGAUUUGUGAACAAUAUUUGAGGGGAAUGGCCUUCUGUGUAUGUAGAAAAAGUUUUAGAUCUUUGAGUCCAGCUCACGGAAAAUGGGAGCAAAAACAAGUGUUGCGAUCAUAUUUUUUUUCUCUUUGUGAGUGCGUGCGUGUGUGUGUAUAUACACACACACACACAGUGGGGCAAAAAAGUUAGCCACCAAUUGUGCAAGGUCUCCCAGUUAAAAAGAUGAGAGAGGCCUGUAAUUUUCAUCAUAGGUAUACCUCACCUAUGAGAGGGAAAACAAAAAAGGGGGGGCGGGGGGUAAUCCAGAAAAUCCCAUUGUCUGAUUUUUAAAGAAUUUAUUUGCAAAUUAUGGUGGGAAAUACGUAUUUGGUCAAUAACUAGUUCAUCCCAAUACUUUGUUAUAUACCCUUUGUUGGCAAUGACCAAGGUCAAACGUUUUCAUGUGCUAGAAACAUUGCUCUCUUCACAAGGUUUUCACACACUGUUGUUGGUAUUUUGGCCCAUUCCUCCAUGCAGAUCUCCUCUAGAGCAGUGAUGUUUUGGGGCUGUCGCUGGGCAACACAGAUUUUCAACUCCCUGAGAUUUGGAGACUGACUGGGCCACUCCAGCCUUUUGUGUAUGUAGAAAAAGUUUUAGAUCUUUGAGUCCAGCUCACGAAAAAUGGGAGCAAAAACAAGUGUUGCGAUGAUAUUUUUGUUCAGUGUGUCUGUCUGUGUGUGUGUGUGUGUGGAUAUAUCUAAAUAUAGAUAUAUCUAUAUAUAUCAUCUUUUUAAGUGGGAGAACUUGCACAAUUGCUGGCUGACUAAAUACUUUUUUGCCCCACUGUAUAUAUACAUUAGAAAUGUCUUUUUCAAGCCGAUACAGAGCCACUGAAAAUCACAUGAGCUACCCCGAUUUCCAAUCACGUGAUCGGAUCAGGACAACCCUAAAUGUUUGUGUUGUCUGUUUUCAUUCAAAUUAGCACCUCAAUGCUUUGCUAACGUGUUAAUAGCCUCAGUUAUGAAAAGGGAGAUACGACACCCCUUUUGAGCGUGAGAGUGAGAGACAUCUGCAACUUACCGCAGUUUUCUCAAGUUAGAAGUAGUGUCGACGUUGAGGCAGUCACAAUUUAAGAGCUGCGUGACAAAGUUGUUGUUUUUAUGUAAACACUCGCGCGACUAUUUUUUUUUUGUCCCAAAAUGAUUCACUUUGAUUGGCCCACGAAGGGUUUGUGUGCGCUCAUGUGACUUGGUUGUGCUGUCUGAUUGGUGAGUUGAAGUCAAAUGACACUAAUGAUCACGUUGGAUUGGCACAACGGCAUUCUAUGCGCAAGUCGAUGAAGUCUAACAAUCGAUCGCACAUGCAAUAAUGGAUAAAUAGAAGUAGCGAGCGGCAUGUUGAUCAUUGUAAUGGAGUAGAAGUCUAGAUUUUUCACAUAAAUACUCAAGUAAAAGUAAAGCGUAUUGUGAAUUCAAACUACUCUCACAAGUACAAUUUAUCCAAAAUGUUACUUGAGUAAAUGUAGUGCGUUACUACCCACCUCUGAUGAUAGCCAUAGCCUGCAUGUCCUCAUUUGGUCAUCUUCCUGUUCCUCCCAAAAUAAGACUUAUCUCCCCAAAGAGAAUGAAAAAAGGGGUCAGUGUGUUUCUCAUAAAAAUACAUAGCCCCUCCCCCUUCAUUAAUGAUUAAUGGGGUGCUGUCCCUGUGGAGGAGAAUCAGCCAGGAAGUGUUGACAGCUCUGAUCUGCCGCCGAAUCCCCCCACCCCCCAUCAUCGAAUCCCCCUCCACCACUCUGGGCUCGACUCGCUGGCCUGCCUGCCGCUCCGGGCUGUCGUCGUCGUUGUUCAUUAGCCUACAUCAUCCUUCCUCCACUCCCGCUACAUUGUCACCCCACCCACCUCCUACGUUACCCCCUCUGCUUCCUCUCACGAGCUGCUCUCUAACGCUGAAUUUUUCAUCGCCAGCCACCUGCUGCCUGCUUGCGCCACAAGAAAGAGAAGCAGCUCAUUUUGACACAAGCACAUUUUUGUCAGGUAGCAGUGGCGGUUGAAGACCAAUGUAAGUGAGGUUGCCAGACCUGUUUUUUUCCGUGGUAGUUGUCAAAACUGAAAAUCUUCCCCAUCCAAUCCGUUUCAGGGGGGAAUUUUGCCUUACAAGUCCAGUCAGGAAAAAAGUGCUUGUUCCAUAAUAACCAUCCCAUCCAUUUCAUCAAUUCAUUUUUGGCAGUCCAGUCACCUGCAAUUGUCUGGCGACCAGUUCAGGGUGUACCCCGCCUCUCGCCCAGAGUUAGCUCAGAUAGGCGCCAGCACACCCACGACCCCAGUGAGGAUAAGGGGUACAGAAAACGGAUGGAUGAAUGGAAGUCCAGUCACAUAACUUAGUUGGCACAUCAAAAUCCAAGGCAAGUACUGAUUCCAGCCCUUUUUCAAGAUAUUGCGUACUAGUGAAGGCUGCCGAUACCAGCUGAUAUGACAUCGAGUAAGUCCUCCUCACAAGUAGUUGGCGCUACACUCUGUAUUCAUCAUGUGCGUCAGAAAGAGAUUAUCUAUUAUUGUGUUAAUUGAAAUGUUAUAUAUAUAUAAAUUACUAAUCGUAUCAGUACUCUGUAUUGGUGAGUACUUGAGUGAAUACUCGUACUGGUAUCGGUCUGAAAGGUGGUAUUGAACAUCGCUAUUGUCAGGGCCUUGUUAGCAUCAUUGGUAGCAAUAACACUCCCACCGCUGUUGGCAUCUCUGUGAGCAACAUCGGUAGUGUUUUGUCAGCAACAUUGACAGCACCGUGUUAGCAUCUUAGCAACAUCAGCAUCUAAUCAUCUUAGCAACUUUGUCAGUUACAUGGUUCGUGCUUGUUAGCAUCUUCUUAGUACACUGCUAGUGUUUGUUAGCAACAUUAUUGGCUGUUGCAAGUGGUGUCAGCUAACAUGGUCAAUGAGAGCAGUGUUUCUAGCACAUGAAUAGCAACUUGGGUCGCGCCUUGUUCCAUUGAUGUUAGCAACUCUAGUAGGACAUUGUUAGCAAUGUUGCUGGUGUAUCUUUUUUACCAACAUGGCUAGCACCUGGCUAGCAACCUUAUUGGCGUCACGUUACCGUCAUAGUGAGAAAUUGAAAGCAUCGUUCUCAAAUUUUCAGGGCCAUGUUAGCAUUACUGUUGGCAACAUUGCCGGCACCGCUGUUAGCGUCUCUGUUACAACACAGUUAGCACCUUGUUAGCAAUAUUGCUAGAGCCUUGUUAACGUAAUUUUUGGUCACGUUGCCAGUUGCACACAAUUCUAUUAGCAUACAUGUUAAUUCCAUUCCAUGUUGUUUUUCACAAAAGAUUCCCUGCGCUGCUGCUAAAAGCUUAGCUAGGUCAAGCUAAGCUACAUAUCUAAAAUGAAUGGCCAACAGGCUGGUUUAAGUCAAAUAUGUUCAUUUCUCCAACUCCAAAGAAGCCAUAAGAAUUGUUAAACUUAAACUUUGCCAUCAUGCUUUGCGUUCCAGACUGGAUGCUAAUGAAUGAGGUCGCUAGCGAGCAUCUGCAUGUUACUUUUUAACUGCGUGAAACUUUUUUAAAAUAUGUAUUUUUUUCCUUUUUGUGUGUGUAACGAGUUGAAAACAAAAAUUGAAGUUUGUGUUUGUGGUUGCCUCAUUAACAAGAUGUGACGGAAGUUCUCUGUGGUUGUCACGGUAACAGGACACGACGUUACUAAGUGCCUGAUGAUGAUGAUGUCAUGUUUUACACGAAGAAGGAUACGACUUUUGCUCAUAAUCUUUGUAAAACUACAGUAUUUCAUGAAGUCCGGUACUCCUUUCUCACCUUUCUUUGGACUAUUAGUGCCGCUGCUGCAUUGUUUUUUUUUUUUUUUUGUUUUUUUUUUGGUAAAAGUAGGACGCUGAUGUGCAAUUGUUUAUUUUUCCCUUGUCACGUUAUCAUACGACACUUGUUGUGUACAUAUAAAAAUGUAGAAUAAAAAUAGUUUCUUAACAUUGUUGUUAGCACCACAA